AUGACUUCUUUUGAACCCAUUUAUAAUACCUAUAUGCCCACUGCUCCGUGUUCCAGAAGGGCAAUCACUCAGAAACAUAGCUUUCCUGUCGAGGAGCAGCAUAUUGUGCCAGAUCGAAGAUUAAUUGACGAUACUCAGAGAUCAAAUGAUGAAAACAUUAUCGAUAAUGACUACAAUAUCGAUCUCCCUAUAUCAUAUAGUAUAUCACAAAUGAAUACAAAAGAGGAUUCAAGCUUAGAAAACAAAAUUUGGGAGGAUAGGAUAGCUUCGCCAAGAAUAUAUGAUGACGAUUCUUCAUCAAUUGAAACAAUCCUUGAUCCCUAUACUCUAAUACUGGAAGAUAAUAAAUCAAAUUCAGAUGAGCAAGAGAAUUUCUCAAUGGAUAACUCCUAUUCUUCUUCUGUGGACUACUCAAUCGAGCUAUCGCAUCCUUUGAUUAUUUGCGAUCAAGAUCAGAGUGAUUCCAAUUACAGUGACCCUGAAGAGCUUGAGCAUGGAUCUUCAUCAUACUUCCUUCAGCAGCACAGGGAUAUAGCUGGAUGCAGAAAGCAGCGAUAUCUAUCCGAAACUGAGAUUGACAAAGAUAGUGAGAAUGACGACAAUAUACAACCUGCAAAACAGCGAAGAACUCGAUCACUUCUUAUCGAUAACAAGCAAACCUCAUCCCGACAUAAUAAUGCAGAAGAUCAUCCUUGA